UCUCUCGUGAUCCCAGAGAAGUUCCAGCACAUCCUGCGAGUCCUGAACACCAACAUCGAUGGGCGCCGGAAGAUCGCCUUCGCCAUCACCGCCAUCAAGGGGGUGGGCCGGCGCUACGCCCACGUGGUCUUGCGGAAGGCGGACAUCGACCUGACCAAGCGGGCCGGCGAGCUGACGGAGGACGAGGUCGAGCGGGUCAUCACCAUCAUGCAGAACCCCCGGCAGUACAAGAUCCCCGAUUGGUUCCUGAACCGGCAGAAGGACGUCAAGGACGGCAAAUACAGCCAG